AUGCUUCGUGUUUCCGCCUUAUACCAGGAUCUCAAAUACAUGAGCCACUUUUUGAUCACUCUAUUUCUUUGUGAAUUGGCCGCUUGGGUCACUCUAUCCAUGAUCAUAUCGUCAAGGACUAUCGAGACCACUGGGGGGGCUUUGUUUUCGGGAUGUUUAUUCGAUGCGGAAGGUUGGGUCUGGCCUGCUUGGGUACCUCCCGUCAUUGUUGAAAGUAAGCGACUCGUCUAUUGCUUUGCAUUCCUCCACACUCAAGGUCACCACGUCAGGUAUCCUGGUGGCUCUUAUCACUUUCAGGUUAUUUCGAUUCGACAGGUCAAACGGAAUCAUGCGGAUGCUCGCAAGAGAUUCGAUCCUCUAUUUCAUCAUUAUAUUUUCUCUACUUUUGGCGAAUCUUCUCAUUUUCCUGUUUGGACAAGAUUUCCUGGGUGGGCUGUUGAUUGUUCCGGCGUCAGCAAUUUCUUGCGUAGCUGCGUCCCGGAUGAUGAUCAACAUCAAGACGUACGACCCUCUCGAAAGCCUACCAAGCCACCUUGA